GACAGUAUAGACGAGACGGAGGAUGUCUCUCUCUUCGAUGCCGAUGAAGAAAACACGAGGAGACCGAAAAAAAAAAUAAAGCACCCCCUUGCUUCAUUCUUCCACCUGUUCUUCCGAGUGAGCGCCAUCCUCGUGUAUCUGCUGUGUGAACUGGUGUCCAGUAGCUUCAUCGCCUGUAUGGUGACCAUCAUCCUGCUUCUGUCAUGUGACUUCUGGGCUGUAAAGAACAUCACAGGAAGACUGAUGGUGGGGCUGCGAUGGUGGAACCAGGUGGACGAUGAUGGGAAGAGCCAUUGGGUGUACGAGUCCAGGAAGGCAGGACAGGGAAAGAAGAGCGCCUCCGAGGCCGAGUCCAGGAUCUUCUGGCUGGGCCUCAUCACUUGCCCUAUUAUUUGGGUCAUCUUUGCGUUCAGUGCCCUCUUCUCAUUCAAAGUGAAAUGGCUGGCUGUUGUUGUUAUGGGUGUCACACUGCAAGGAGCAAACCUCUAUGGCUACAUCAAGUGUAAAGUGGGCUCUCCAAAAAACUUGACCAGUAUUGCCAGCAACUACCUGGGGGGACAGUUCCUCAAACAAGUGAGUGCAGUGCUGUGGCCUGGCCUGAAGUUUUCCUGCAUACAUCCUCUCCCACUCUCACACGUGCAUGCACAUACACACGCACGUACGCAUACACACACACUACAAGAAUAUAUGGUUUGUGUGUGUGUUAUUUAUAUAUAUAAAUAA